AUUGUAAACAAUUAGAACAAAAUCAGAUUCGCAACAAUUAUUUUGUGUUCAUACAUAAUUGUCAUAAUAAACAAAUAGAGAAUGCAAAUCUGAAAGAAGUCAUUAAUAAAAAAGGAUAAAAGACAACAGCUUGUGAACAGGGUAUUAAUUUUUAUAAACGGAAGGAAGCAUGUGUAAUUAAUUUCAACUCACUAUACAAAAAGUAAAUAAAUCUUCAUAAAAAUGUCAGAAACCGAUUUAGACAAAAGAGAUACCUGUACAAAUUAUCAGUUAAUUGCUGAAUGGAAAAGUUGGUGUCGCCUAUGUGCUAAACCCAAUGCAAGUUAUAUCAAUGCCCUAUCUGGGCAAUGUGUGCCAAACAUGUCCAGUUUUAAUGUUUACAAUUUAAACAACAUAGUCUCCGUAAUAGCCGAAUUUUUCCAAGUACAUAUUAAAGAAGACGAGAAACUUACACCGCUAAUUUGUACAGAUUGUUACAACGUAGUCAAAUCCUUCGUUGAUUUUAGUGAGAAUAUUACAAAAGUACAAAAAUUUUACGAUGAACUACUGCAUAGCGAUAAUACAAUGAAAAUAGACUUAUCAGCUUUGUAUGAGAAACAUGGUCUAUUUAAGGAAGAAUCAUUUACACCACAAACCAGCAUUGAACUACCCGUGGAAGAAAUUUUUAUUGCCGAUUCACGUACCGCAAGCACAGUACAUAAAUCGAAAUUUCAGAUAAAAAACGAAAAAAUAUCAGUGGCAUUAUCGCCUGAAGUACUUAUUAAAGAAGUCGAAAAAGAAGAAGAUCUUCAAGACCCUUUUGCCGAAGAAAAAAUACUUGCCAUAGUUGGAAAUAGUGUAGCAACAACAAGAAAGAGCAAUUAUGUCGACAAUGAUGACUAUGACAUGCAAAUGGAUUCUUCGGACGAAGAUGAGAGAAAAACGGACAAUAGAUUGAAUAGUGAGGAUAUUGAAACGGAUGAUUCUGAAGAAGUGGUAAAAGAGAGUAAAUACACUUGUAAUAUUUGUUCACAACGUUUUCAACGUAGCGGAAAUUAUGCUGCACAUAUGAUUAAGAAACAUGAAAAAAUUAUAUGCCCACAUUGCCCUGGCUCAUUUGAUAGUGAAUCGAAUUUAAAGAGUCAUAUGAAAGAACAUCGAGAGUUAUACCCGUGUAAACAAUGCGAUCGCAAAUUUCAGCGGAAAGAAUACGUAGCCCAACACGUUAAAUGUGUACACAACGAUGAGCGCCCAUUUAUUUGUGAAGCAUGCGGUGAUGCUUUACGCUCAAAAGGACAACUUAAAGAACACAUGUUAACGCACACAGACUACUCUCCCUUCGAAUGCAAGGAGUGCGGGAAAUGUUUCAAACAGAAACAACGUUUAAAGAGACACAUGCAAAUACAUGGAGAUAAACUUAUUUGCAAUGAAUGUGGGAAACAGCUAAGUUGCCGGGCCACAUACAAUAGCCAUAUGUUAGUCCAUUCCGACAAAAUGCAACACAAAUGUGACUAUUGCGGCAGAGCUUUCAAGCGUGCCAAAACACUGAAAAGCCAUUUAAUACUUCACAGUGGAUUAAAACCAUAUUCGUGCGAAUUCUGUGAUAGGACGUUUACAAAUGGGUCAAAUCGACGUACACAUAUGAAAAGAACACAUCCAAGUGAAUUAGCUGAGUUAGAAGCUUCAGGAGAAAAAAUGUAUACCAAAAAUAUACCAGAACUAGCCGUGCUGAAAUCUGUUAUACGGAAAGCGGAGAACCUUAUACCUGUUGUCUCAAAACAAAGUGGAAAUUUUGCUUUCGGCAAAAAAACAAGCUCCAAACCAGUAAAUACUGCGGACACCAAGAAUUCCGAAUCAAUGAAAUAAAUAGCAAUUAGCUACAAAUAAUAUUUAUAGAAUUAUUUAGGUACCUUUUUUAAAUUAGGAGCAUCAGCAACUAUAUAAAAAGA